AUGGACAAGUACAUUGUUUUCGACAGGCAGCUCACCAAGGCGGACCUUGUGGUGCUGCAGAGCCUCACCGAGGACUUGAGGGAGCACACACGGAAAGAAGGCGGAGAUGGUGCUGCCAAGGCCAAUGGCAAGACGCUGGAUGCAUCAACUUCCGAUGCCGACGCCAAGGCAUCAAAUGACGGCACAUCACCAAACCAGCAUGCCAACCAGCUCUCAUACGAAGAAGCUGUGCGUCACCUUCAGGCAUUGAAUGACCCCAAUGAUGCCCAUUUUGAGCCGACCAUCAUGAACAAUCUGGAUUUUGACCAGAUCAAGCUGCCUCCUGUUCUCGACAAGCUUCUUCUACGCCCUUACAUCCGCAUUGCGCGCUCCCUCGUCCGCGUGGAGACGGAUGUCAUCAUGCUAACACAUCUUCUGCUUUACGUCUUCACUUCCAUUCCCAGCGCUGUUUUUCUCUUCUACAGCUUUACUUGGAUUCAUGGCGUCUUGCAUUUUCUCAUGCAGUUCUCCUACAUGGGGACCUACACCCUCAUGAUGCACCAGCAUAUCCAUAUGCGCGGCAUCCUACACAAGCGUCUUGCCCUUUUUGAUCACAUUUUCCCAUACAUCCUCGAUCCUCUUAUGGGCCAUACGUGGAACUCAUACUUUUACCAUCACGUCAAGCACCACCACAUUGAAGGCAACGGACCCAAUGAUCUGUCUUCAACAAUCCGAUACCAGAGGGACAGCCUUCUUCACUUCUUGCAUUAUACAGGAAGAUUCUUCUUCUUCAUCUGGGCUGAGCUCCCCUACUAUUUCAUUCGCAAGGGCAGGACUUCAUUGGCAUUCAAGGCGGCGUUCUGGGAACUCUCGACCUAUACUUCGCUAUACACGCUCUAUCGCAUCAACCCUCGAGCCACUGUCUUUGUUUUCCUCAUCCCCCUGUUUCUUCUUCGACUUGGUCUGAUGGCUGGCAACUGGGGACAGCAUGCAUUUGUCGAUGCAGAUGAGCCAGAUUCUGAUUACCGAUCAAGUAUCACUCUCAUCGAUGUUGCUAGCAACCGACAUUGCUUCAACGACGGGUAUCACACCUCUCACCACCUCAACCCUAUGCGCCAUUGGCGUGAACACCCUGUCUCCUUCUUGAAAACCAAGCACAUCUACGCCUCUCAGCAAGCCCUGGUCUUUCACGAUAUCGAUUAUCUCAUGGUCACUGUGAGGCUACUGAUGAAGGAUUAUAAGCGACUGGCGGAGUGCUUGGUUCCUAUUGGUAGCCAAAUGUCAUUGAACAUGGAUGAGCGUGUCAAGCUUCUGCAGAGACAUACUCGGAGAUUCUCCGAGGAAGAGAUCGAGCAGAAGUUCAAGACGCCAUAG